AUGCUUCAAUCGUGUACAAUGAUGUCAACAUAUCAACGCGCUGAAACAUUCGAUUUAACUGACGAACAAUACGAUGAACGAUAUGACAACUCAUUAAAUGAUUUAGCCGAUAGAAUCAAUUCGUUGAACGACCGUUUAACAACAUCAAAUAUUGAAAAUUUGAUGAGUGAAUCGCAUGAAAAAUUGGUUAAAUGGAAAAGCGAUUGUCAUAAUUUAAUCGACCGAUAUUAUGAACAAAAAUGUCGAGAAUUCGAUCGACAUGUGGCGAGUAUUGUUGAUAAACAACGCAAAGAAGCUAAUCGUAUUCGGUCAAACAUCGCCGCACUUAUUCAUAAACAAGAUGCUGUACAAAAAGACGUGGACUACAUAACAAACAUUGCUCGUCAACUUGAACAGGAAAUUGAUGAAACAAAGGACAAAUAUCUUCAAUUGAAUACUCGUCUAAUUGAAAUCAACGAGAAUUCUAUUCAAAUUCAUGAAACCAAUGAACUUUAUAACGGUUCCAUUAUUCCUCCUGCGACGAAAACGAUGAAUUAUCUCGAUGAUUGCUCGAAAAUUCUCUGUACCAACGAACGUUAUUUGCUCGUUCAUCACGAUUCAAAUUUAUGUCUAUUAGAUAAAGAAUUAAAUAUUAUUAAAGAAAAAUCUUGGACACAAGGAUGGAUUAUGGACAUUUGUUGGUCAUCAACAUUGUCACGUUUUCUUGUUUUAACUCGUUCUUAUUUAUUUCUUAUCGACGAAAGUACAAUGUCAGUAGUUCGUAUUCAAAAAGUUCCAAAAUUGGCUUGGUGGUCAUGCACAUGUUCAGAUACAAGUUUGUAUUUAACAACCAAAGAUUGGGGAUCAAAUAUUUACCAGUUUACAUUAUGGCCAUCGAUUCAAUUGACCAAACGUUGGCAACCCCCACAAACAUGUAAACAAGAGGAAACAAUCAACAAUAUGAUUUAUAAUAAAGAAAAAUUCGCCGUGAUGAUUUACAAUCGGUUAACAAAAGCAAAAUCAAUUGAAUUACGUUCAGCGAAUACAUUUGACCGACUUUGGGCAUUGAAUCUUGAUAUAGAUUAUGAUUCUCGAGCUAUUCGUUGUUGUUUACUUAACAAUGAUGAAUGGCUCGUGGUAGACUGGAACACUUCCAAUUUAUUUCAUAUAUCAAAUGAAGGAAAAUUGAAAUUAACUUGUGAUUACAAUCCAUCGCCUUCAUGUGCUGCAAUGUUCGGUGCAAAUACACUAGCUGUAUCAACUGCCGAUGGAAUUAGUUUACAUAAACUUUAG